AAGCCCUCCUUUUAUUUGUACAGUUUGAGUUUUACAGUGCAGAGGACAAACAGGGUCUCAGGCUGAGGAGAGUCUCCAGAAGAGGAGAGUUCAGAUACAGUGAUGCCACCACUCUGUGCUGUUCUUGUGCUUUUCAGCAAAGUCUAUGGUCUGCUUGGGAAUAUAAUUCAGCCUGACACGCUGGUGCGAGCUCAGAUCGGAGACACUGUGACUCUCCCAUGCUUCUACUCUGAAAACGUUUAUGAUAUCAGUUGGUAUAAGCAGCCUCUUGGACAGAAGAUUCAGCACAUUGCAGUGCACGUUUUAAAAGAAAAUGAUACUCAAUUCUUCAAUGAGUUAAAAAACAGUAAACGCUUCAGUGCUAAAGCAGCGAAGGGGAGCUUUAACCUGACUGUGUCACGAGUAGAGCCAUCAGAUUCAGCCACAUACCACUGCGCUAUGAUGCCCUACAGAGAGACCAUCUUUGGAGAUGGAACAACUUUAAUGGUGAUGGGCUCAGAGUCACACAACAGGACAGUAGUACUGCAGCAGCCCGAGUCUGAGUCAGUGCAGCCAGGAAACUCUGCGACUCUGCAGUGUACAGUACACACUGAGACCUGUGCAGGAGAACACAGUGUGUACUGGUUCAGACAGGGCUCAGGAGAGUCCCCUCCAGGAAUCAUUUCCACCCAUGGAACCAGGAGUGAUGAGUGCCAGAGGAGCUCUGGGGCUGUGUCUCCCACACAGAGCUGUGUCUACAACUUCCCCAAGAGGAACCUCAGCCCCUCUGAUGCUGGGACUUACUACUGUGCUGUGGCCACCUGUGGGGAGAUCCUGUUUGGGAAUGGGACCAAGCUGAAUGUUUCAGGAGCUGCAUCAAACAACCAGGAGAGCGUUGAAGACAUGGCGAGCAAACAGAGUCAAGAGGACUCAAUGAAUUACACUGCUUUGACUUUCACCUCCAACAAACCCAAAGUGAGGAGGAACAAGAGGGAAGUGGAGAAAGAAACGGUUUACUCCGAUACGAGAUUUAGAGACCGCGAGUGAAGCUUUCCGUAGAAAUGUAUCUUUGUCAUAAGAAUGAUCGAACUGUUCCCUCACUAGAGUUCAUACCAUGUGACUGUAAAUGAUGUCACAUUUACUGGAUUUGCCAAGAGCUGUGCUUGUUCUUAUAUUUUUGCUGUUUUUCAAAUACACAAAGUAAAACUUGUACAGUAUACUCCCUGACAGUGUCUGAUAAAUGGUCCUCAAUGUGUUGAGUCGGUUUGGGGCAGUGGUGUAGUACAUUGGUUAGGGGCAGGAAGUGUUACCAUACCAGUUCCAUUGAGCAAGGUUGUUAACCCCAGUGACUUCAGUAUAUACUCAAUUGUAUAAAACUCAACUGUGUGCACAGGAUAAAUUAUGUAAGUGUCUGCUAAAUGAUAUCAUCUACCGAUAUGUGUGCCACUGCUUAGCCAGAGAAAACCUUCUUCUGGAUUAGGGUACUCUCCUGCAUGCUUUUGAUCAGCUGGAUAUGCUUUCUGAAGGCUAGGCCUCUUGCUUGCAGAGGCCUCCAUGUACCUUCAGAAACAAAAACACUUCCUGUAUGCACAGCGACAGCUUUCUUGCGUUCUCAGUUAUUGAUGCUGUGCUGCACAUUUUAGAACAACUGGGCACAUGUUCAGACACAAUGACUCAGUGGCAGAUUCCUUCCUGUGUACAGGGACAGACCAUGAACAGACUCCCACAUGUUCAUGCACUUCCUGCUGAGAUGCCUGUCCGGUGUUCACAGGGGCCAAUAAUCUAGAGAACAAGGAGAGAGUAAUGCCCUGACCCAGAAUGGACUUGCAUCUAUAAAGUAUUUAGUUUUGACAGCAUAAUAUUAAACAAUGACCCUACAAUAACAAAAUGGAGGCCUUAAAGGUCACAUGGACAGAAAACUUUCGCUGAUAUGCUUCCUGCUCUGAGGUCACUGCACUGCUUAUUGUUUCUGAAAGCUUUUGCACACGGCUCUCUCUUUCAUUACAAGUAAAAUGUGUUUGUCUGUUUCAGACUUCUCUGUUGGGGUGACAGGGGAGGUCCAGUUAUUUUCCACUCACAGCCUUAUACAUUCAGCUCUACACAGACCAGAGCUGCACAGGAAGACUGACCUGCAGCUCCUCCCUCUCUCAGCGCUGAAACCACACUGACGCUCCGAUCAAAUUUAUUCACUUCACACCUCAGACCACCUUUCCAUUACAACAGACCAGACAAGAGAGGUUUAGAAAACUGUGCAUUUAUCUUCACAAA